AUGGAAACCGAAGCUGAUCUUGGUGACAAUGAGCUCAGCGCUUCAAUCAGCUGUAGAAGACGGUCGGCUUCAGUAUCGGACGACUAUUCUGUCCAGAAGACCAACGACGAUGCCACGGAAUCCAAGUUUUCAGCUGUCAAAGUGAGUAGAUCUCACUAUAUUAUGGCUUAUCUUAUGAAAUAUUGACAUAUAAUAUAUUUUUAAUAUGCAAAGGUUAAUUUACAUUGGGUUCAGUUUUGUAGAGUAACCAAACAAGUGGAUCCGCUUGUAUAUUUUAGAUUUUAAAACUAUGCGUUUCAGGUAGGAUACUGGGCAGAUUCUUUCAUCCACCACUUCAUCGUAAACCCAGAACAUAUCCACAGAAGAGCACCAGAGAUUCUGAGAGGUUAUUGGGCACGGCAUGCAGCUUUUGAACUGUCAUUGAAGAGAAUUUCCGAAGUGAGUCUUGUCUUAUAGGUAUUUUACUUGGAUUUCUCUAUAUUUUAAGAUUACGAAAGUUAUUUUUAUAAACAACUUGAUAAUAAAAUAAUAAGUUGCUUUGGAUGUUUUUACAAGAAAAGCUUGAGCUGUUAAUGAUUAUAUGGUUGUUUCAGUUAGCUGGAGAAAACCUUCAAAUUAUUAGUCUUGGAGCUGGGUUUGAUACCUUGUACUUCCGAUUGAAAGAGAGAGGUGUAGCUUUCAAAAAACUUGUAGAAGUGGACUUCAGUUCGGUUACAGCAAGGAAGAUCCGCACCAUUUCUAAAAAUGAACAUCUGGCCGCCAUGUUUGAUUCUACCUGUAAGUUUUUAAGGUUAUUUUUUUCUGUUUUUAGGCUUUUGGAAGAUGCGGCAGUAGUUUGAAGCUUUUCCUUUAUUUUGUUUAAUAAAUUACAACAGUGGCUUUUUUACAACGAAUUGUAUAAGUUUUUAUAAGGUUAACUAACUGUACGAUAAAGUUAUGUUUUCUGCAAGAAAACUUCUAAACAGUUACUUUCAGCCACUGAAUCCCAACACAGUGAUCUUCACUCUCGUGAUUAUGAUUUGCUUGGAGCUGAUAUUCGUCAACCUUCUGAAUUCUGGGCAAAGAUUGAAACUGCCGGAUUGGAUCCAUCAUUACCUGUUGUUGUGAUUGCCGAAUGUGUAUUGGUAUACCUUGAUGUCAAAGUGACUGAAAACUUGGUCAGAAAGUUUGCAGAAAAGUUCAAUGAACUUGUGUUUGUAAGCUACGAACAGGUACGUGAAUGUCAAAUAAAUCUGUAGAUUAUUAGCGUUUUAAUUUUUUCGUUGUCUUACUUGUGAUUUAAUGGCUUUUUUGUUACAAGAUGUUAUAUGUGUUUGUAAAGUUUGUUUGGACUAAUAAGUGAUAUUUACAGGUGAACAUGACGGACAAGUUCAGCGAUGUGAUGCAAGCUAACCUCCAGGAACGAGGUAUUCAUCUAGCUGGUUUGCCUUCUUGUAAUUCUUUGGAUUCUCAGAAGUCUCGGUUUCUCAACAAUGGAUAUCCGGUCGUUAACGCUUGGACGAUGCAAGAUCUGUAUGCUCAACACUUUAACAAAGAUGAGAUUGCCAGAAUCGAGAAGUUAGAGCUUUUGGACGAGCGAGAACUCUUGGCACAACUUUUGGAGCACUAUUGCUUGGUGUUGGCGGUCAAAACUAAUGGAUUGUUUGCAGGAUUGGUCUUCUGA